CAUGAAAUUGAAAAGUGGGCGUGACCUCGAAAAAUUGGAAUUUAUACGGUCAAUAUCAAGGCUGUUUACGAAGAUAGUUGACCAUGUCAUUAGAUAAAAAUGCUAAAUAUCACGAGUUAAGACCUUGAUACACAUUUUGCCGUAUUAUUUAUCAAAAUCGAUUCAGCCAAUUGCUUACAAUGGGGACUCAAACUUCAGAGAAUUUUGUACAACGGACUUUGAAAAACACAAUAGCUGGUACAGCCGGAGGUAUAGCAGUCUGUCUAGUAGGCCAUCCAUUUGACACCUUAAAAGUUAGACUUCAGACCCAACCGGUAGUCAACCCUGUUUACAAAGGACUGACUGAUUGUUUUCUUAAGACACUAAAAUGGGAGGGCGUUGGAGGCUUAUACAAAGGUGUUGGAUCACCUAUAGUUGGUCAGAUGUUUUUCAGGGCUACACUUUUCACAUCCUAUUUUCAGAUUUCUACGCUAGUUGCUGGUAGUGAGAGAGUGGGACAUCGACUUCAGAUGCAUGAAUAUUUCAUAUGUGGUGCCUUUACUGGUUCAAUAGCUGCCCUAAUAGAAGCCCCGAUUGAUUUGUUUAAAUCAAAGAUGCAAGUGCAAAUAAUAAAUGCCAAAGCCCACGGCACAAAACCCAAGUACUCCAAUGUAUUUCAAUGUGGCUAUGACAUCACAAGGCAAUAUGGUAUACGAGGGGCGUACCAAGGUCUAGCCGGGGUCUGGCUGAGAAACAUUCCUGCUAACUGCUUUUUCUUUGGAUUCUACGAGGUGUCAAGGACACUUUUAACACCAGAGGGAGGAACAGUUCUUGAUCUAUCAGCCUCCGCUCUUCUAACCUCUGGGGCAGUGGGAGGUUUUCUUUAUUGGUUCCUCACGUAUCCCACUGAUGUUAUAAAGUCUUCACUGCAAGCUGAUGAAAGUGAUCGUUCAAAGCGUAGAUUUAAAGGAGUAGUCCAUUGUACCAAAACAUUAUACACCACUGAGGGUGGCGUAGGGCGUUUUUUCCGAGGAUUUCUUCCAUGUUUAAUGAGGUCACUACCGGCAAAUGCUGCAAUGUUUUUUGUUGUAGAGAAGACGAGACAAUUUCUUGCUCAUAAAUUAUGAUCAAUGUGCAGUGGUGAAUAGUUGGGCUAUCCAGUAAGGCUCAUACCAUACUUAAUUUUUACUAUUGAUACUUACAAAGAUAUUUACCUCACGGUAUCCAGUGGUAGUUUCUGUUUUAUAUUAAGAUGGUUUGCUUUCUUUAACCCAAAUCUUAUUUUAAGACAAUCAUCAAUUACUCUUUACUUUAUACUAUUACACUUAUUAUUCAACCUGGAUGGGUCUUUUGUGCUACACUGGUUUUUGAUAGGUUGCCUAAUGUCCUUUCUUUAAAAACAAUAGAAGAAAAAGAAUAUACUCUUCUUAAGUUACAGCUAUAUAUUCUUUGAAAUAAAAUACAGUGCAUUCUG